AAAAAAAAAAAAAAAAUCUUUUUUUUCUUUUUUUUUUGACAGUUGGUCCGUCUCCCAAUUAAUCAGUUGGCCAUAAAAAUAUUUAUUGGGAGAGGGUGAGAGUAAAAUGGCCAUGGGUGAAGCAACGAACGUGAGGGAGAAGACAAGCGAAGAGCAGGCGAUAGAUGAUUGGCUUCCAAUCACGUCUUCUCGAAAGGCAAAAUGGUGGUAUUCAACUUUCCACAAUGUCACAGCCAUGGUCGGUGCUGGUGUUCUCAGUCUCCCUUAUGCCAUGUCUCACAUGGGAUGGGGACCGGGUGUAACAAUGUUGAUACUUUCGUGGAUCAUCACAUUGUACACACUAUGGCAAAUGGUGGAGAUGCACGAGAUGGUCCCCGGAAAGAGGUUCGACAGAUACCACGAGCUGGGACAGUACGCGUUUGGAGAAAAGCUCGGGCUUUACAUUGUGGUCCCCCAACAAGUGGUGGUUGAGGUGAGCACAUGCAUUAUCUACAUGGUUACCGGCGGCAAAUCACUCCAGAAAUUCCACCAUUCCGUUUGCCCCGACUGCCACAACAUCAAGCUCACCUAUUUCAUCCUCAUCUUCGCCUCCAUUCAUUUCGUCCUCUCUCACCUUCCCAACUUCAACUCAAUCUCCGUCGUCUCACUCGCUGCAGCCGUCAUGUCUCUAUCAUACUCGACAAUUGCAUGGACAGCUUCAGUGGCGAAGGGGAAAUCGGACAACGUCGACUAUAGUCUUCGUGGUGAGAGUGCGGCGGCCAACACAUUCAACUUCUUCAAUGCAUUGGGAGACAUUGCAUUCGCGUACGCUGGCCACAACGUGGUGCUUGAGAUCCAAGCGACAAUACCCUCGACGCCAGAGAUACCCUCCAAAAAGCCGAUGUGGAAAGGUGUCAUAUUCGCGUACAUUGUUGUGGCGUUGUGCUAUUUCCCGGUUGCAAUAGGAGGUUACUAUAUAUUUGGGAAUGCAGUCGAAGACAACAUUCUGCUAUGUCUCGAGAGGCCCAGGUGGCUCAUUGCAGCUGCUAACAUGUUUGUCCUCGUCCAUGUCAUUGGCAGCUACCAGAUAUAUGCCAUGCCGGUGUUUGACAUGAUGGAAACAUAUUUGGUCAAGCAAAUCAAGUUUAAGCCGUCCUUCAAUCUUCGUUUCAUUACUCGUACCACAUAUGUUGCUUUUACUAUGUUCAUUGCUAUGACAUUCCCUUUCUUCGGUGGUUUGGUUGGAUUCUUCGGCGGUUUUGCUUUGGCCCCAACGACAUACUUUCUUCCUUGCAUAAUAUGGCUCAUCGUACGUAAACCAAAGAAGUUCAGCUUCUCGUGGAUUAUUAACUGGGCGUUCAUCAUAAUUGGAGUUGCAUUGAUGACUGUAGCACCUAUUGGCGGCUUAAGGAACAUCAUUCUAUCAGCCAAGAACUACAAAUUCUACCAGUGAUCCAUAAAUCUUCGUUGUUCAGAAAUUUUUAAAAAAAUAAAAAAAUAAAUAAAUUGAAGACACCGAUUAGUCGAGUCAUAUUAACGUUCUUGUUAUGUAGUAUACAGUGAUAAUCACAUUCCUAGACUUAUUUGUUUUAACAUAGAUAUUUAUGUUGUUAUUUGUAUUGUAAGUAUUAUAUUUCUGUUUUACGUUUUCUUGUUUCAAUGCGCAUACUAUCGUCAUCGUCAUUUUUUUUUU